ACAUCUGCUCUUUCACUCUGGAAAAAGCCAUUUAGCUGUGAUCAGUGUGGUAAAAAGUUUAUUAUAUCAUCAAAUCUAAAAAAACACCUGACAGUUCAUUCAGAUGAGAAACCUCAUGUGUGUUCUUACUGUGGAGAGAGUUUUAAAAGCCUGAACAGUUGUAAACGGCACCAGAAAACAUAUCAUGAAGUGAGAGAUCAUGUAUGUUGUGAGUGUGGGAAGAGCUUUACAGCUGGCGAUCUGAAACAGCACCAAAGAAUUCAUACUGGAGAAGAUUACAAGUGCUCAUAUUGUGACAAGAGUUUUGUUGCAUCUGGAAGCCUGAAAAUACACGAGCGAGUUCAUACUGGAGAGAAGCCGUACCACUGUACUCAGUCUGAAAAGCCAUUAUUUAACUGUGAUCAGUGUGGUAAACAGUUUAAAUGUUUAUCACGACUAAAAGCACAUCUGACAGUUCAUUCAGAUGAGAAGCCUUAUAUGUGUUCUUACUGUGGAAAGAGUUUUUCAAGGCUGGGUCACUGUAAAGAGCACCAGAAAAUACAUAAUGAAGUGAAAGAUCAUGUGUGUUGUGAGUGUGGGAAGAGCUUUACUAGAGCUUACUGUCUGAAAGAGCACCAAAAAAUUCAUACUGGAGAAAAACCUUACAAGUGCUCAUAUUGUAACAAGAGGUUUAGUUACUUUGGAGACCAGAAAAGGCACGAGCGAGUUCACACUGGAGUGAAGCCGUAUUACUGUACUCAGUGUGGAAAGAGUUUCACUCAGUCAUCAACUCUAGUGACUCAUAUUAAAAAGCAUUGUUCUGUGUCAAAGUGAGCAAAUGUUUUCUACAGAUUCAAUAUUUCAAGUAAAUAUUGUGAUAAAGAGAUUCAGAUACAGUAAAUAUGAGAUUGGGUCAAAUAAACUAGUUU